AUGGCGACCAGCACGGAGGAGGCGGAGAAAGCCUUCAGAUCGUCGGAGGAGCGCUUCCUCGUCGACGACCUCGACGGCGCGCUGCGGGUGGUCCGGAACGCCAAGAGGCACUUGGCGUCGCUCCCUGCCCUGCAGAGCGCCCUCGCCGCGUACGAGGUCCACGCCGCCGCCCGCGGCGGGAGGAACUGCUGGUACGCGGUGCUCGGCGUCGGCCAGCCGGAGCCAGUCACGCAGGACCACGACGCCAUCAAGAAGCGGUACAGGCGUCUCUGCCUCGUCCUGCACCCGGACAAGAACCGCUCGGCGGCCGCCGACGGCGCGUUCAAGCUGCUCCAGCGGGCGUGGGAGGUGCUCUCCGCCCGCCACCCUCCGGGAACCGGCUCCGGACCCGGACCCGGACCCGGACCCAAGCCCAGGCCGCCGCCGGCCGGAGCCCCCGACCCCGACUGGUGGUCCUCGUUUCUUCCCCAACUCGCCGCCGCCGGCCGGAGCGCCCGACCCCGACCCCAACGGGUGGUCGUCGUACUUCCGCUACAAGCCGCCGCCCGAGCGCACCUGAUCAUCGUACGGCUACACGCCGCCGCCGCUCUUCUCGUCGGCGUCCUCGGUCAACUUCAACGCGUGGCGGUCGAGGUACGCGCGCAAAAAGGGCACCGCCUACUGCGGGCACUGCGGCUCGGAGUCCGAGUCCGACGCGGGAGGCGGCCACCGCGGCACGCCCGGCGGCAGGUGCCAUUCGUGCGGCACUCCCUUCAAUCCGCCGCCGCAGCAGCAGAGCCAGGCGGAGGGUGCCUCAGCCCCGCCCCUGCAGCCACUGCCGCUGAGCCACCGCCACGCGAUCCUCCGCCGCGGCGGCGGCAACGUGACGAUGACGAGCGGGAGAAGUUCACGUGCCCCGCCGAGUGCUCCCGGUGCAAAACGCCCUUCUCGUCGCUGGUGUCCCGUGGGAUGUGCGAACUCAGGUGCCAGGCCUGCUCCUACGAUGCCUUCGUCUACGUGUACGACCGCCACCGGGCCAUCGCUUUCUGA